CACUGCUUUAAAGCCCAGCUCCCCUUCAAAAAUAGCUAAUAGGACUUUCAAAGUACCGCUAUGAUCCAUAUAAUUAUACAAUAUAUCAAAAGUUCAUGAUAAUGGAUGGAGGGUAUACAGGGGCGGACUGACAACUCAUGGGGCCCCCGGGCAAUAGGGAAUCAUGGGGCCCCUGUGUCCUUGCCCAAACUCAAAAAAGCCUAUGAAAAAGGUACCAGGGGCAUCUCAUGGGGCCCCCUACUGACCCCGGGCCCUCGGGCAGUGCCCGAGUUUCCAAAUGGUCAGUCCACCUCU